GAGAGAGUGAAAUUUUGAGAGAGAGAGAGAGGGAGAUGGGGGAACGCUUUAUUGCCUUUUUUAUGUUGCACGCAUCCAUGGCAGAGCAGGGAAGGGUACAUGGUACACAAGGUCGAAGCAGAUGCAGAGGUUAGGAGUUGAACGCAGAAGGGCAAGAGGGAACCAGUAGAGAGAGAGAGUGGAAGAAGAAGACGGUGGAGAGAGAGCGGCUCCGUCGGAGUUGGAGAUUCAAGAGAGCGAGAGAGAGGGCGUGCUAGGUUUUCCCUAUUUUGGGAGAAGGAAGAGAGAGGUGGGUGGGUAGAGAGAGGAAAAGAGAGAAACAAAGGGCUCUGUGUUGAUUGAGGAGGGUGUGUUGCAGGUGUCUAGAGAGAGAGGGUUAUCUCUUAUCAGGUGCAUGCACCCAACAAGUGUUGCUCCUUCUCUGGUCCGAUAUACCAGGAGACCCCUUCGAUCUCGGCCUUCAAUGGCCGCCCCUGUUUACACAAAACCAUUGUUUUCUCUCUCUACCCCAUCUCACUCUCUCUCUCCUCUCUGAAUACCACUGCACCCAUUUCCUGAAAAUAGCUUCCCUCUUCUUAUCCUCACCCUUUCUCUCUCUAUAAAAGCUGGUUCUAAAUGAAGGGGAUGCCCUAUAAUUUGCAGUCUCAAGGGGUUCAAAUCCAGGUUACUAAAGAUUGGAGGAAGCCGGUUGCCAUUGUUUGCAGUAAUAGCAGUUCGGAGCCGACCUCUGUACUCGAUUUGCGCAGGAGCCCUAGCCCUACCUCAACCUCAACCCUGUCUUCUUCACUGGGUGGUGGCUCUGUUACACCAGACCCAGUUCCGAACUCUGAGGCUUCAGGCUCUAAGAGAGAGGAAUGGGUCUCAGAGUUUCAGGCCAUGGAGCUCCCACCCUCUUCUUCCUCUGCUGCUAAUACUCAUAGCAGCCAUAGCAAUAGCAAUACAAAGCCUUGCUUGAACAUGGAGGACUGGGAAGCCAUGUUAAUGGAGUCUGCUUCCUCUCCUGCUCACCCCAUUAUCAACUCAGGAGAUACAGGACCCGGUUCCUCUCUCAUGAAGUGGAUUAUGGGGGAGAUAGAGGAGCCCAAACUGACCCACUUUGAUGAGCCCAUGGAAACGGGGUUCGGCGACCAGGUCCUUGCAUCUGGGUUCUCUUUCCCGGAACCAAUCAACCCUUCUUUGCCUGCUGUUUCCUUUCCGAGGCCCUCGAAUUCACCAAUCCUGUCUCCUUCCUCUCCUGUCAAAAACCAGAAUCCGAACCCACCUCCAAAUCGUCCUCCUCCGCCCUUCCUCUCUCCCCCCUCUCCUGCAAAAAACAUACCUCCUCCCUCUCCUGCUCCUCCUUUUCUCUCACCUCCUUUACCUGUGAAGAACAACGCACCAACCUCUUUCCCUCUGCAACAAAGCCCACCUUCUUGUUUUUCUCUCCAGAAUGCCUACCUCCCUGCUUCUACCGCUUCGGCAAAUCUGGUAGUCCCCAACCCGCUCUUUUAUCAGCAGCAGUUUCAGCAGCUCCAUUUACAACAAAUGGAGCUUCCACCGCAAAAGAUGGAGAUGGUUGAGGAGAAGCUUCAACUCCCUCCCCACCUGCAAUCUCAGCUCUUCAUGAACCAGGGUUCGGGUCCAAACUCGCCCAUGGGGUUUCAGAACUCCACCACAAUGCCCCGCCAAAGCCCCCCGUUUUUCCAUCCAUUGCAGAGUGAGAUGGCACUCGUCAUGAAUGGCAAGCAGAGAGGGGCAUGUAUGCGAGGCAUGGGUGGAGAUAGAGAGGAAUCACCGCAACAACUGCAACAGCAUCAGCUGGCUUUGGUGGACCAGCUCUUGAAAGCAGCGGAGCUUGUGGAGGCUGGCAAUGCCGGCCCUGCUAGGGCGAUAUUGGCGCGGCUCAAUCACCAGCUUUCACCCCUAGGAAACCCCCUCCACAGGGCCGCUUUCUACUUCAAGCAAGCUCUAUUAUCUCUCCUCUGCAACCCCCAACCUCCUCACCAACUCUCUCGCUCCUCAUCAACUCCAUCUUCAUCAUCUUCAUUUUGUUCUGCAAAUCCCUUUGAAAUUGUCCACAAGAUCGGUGCCUUCAAGGCAUUCUCUGAGAUCUUCCCUUUCUCACAGUUCUCGAACUUCACAUGCAACCAGGCCCUCUUGGAAUCGCUGGAUGAUGCGUCCUUGUCCAACCCAAUUCACAUUAUCGACUUUGAGAUCGGGUUCGGGGGGCAGUGGUCCUCCUUUAUGCAGGAACUUGCUGUCAAAUUGGGCAGUGCACCCCCCAUCCUGCUGAAGAUCACUGCGGUCGUGCCUUCUGCCCACGACCCCAUCGAGAUGAGUCUGGUGAGAGAAAACCUUUAUCACUUUGCUCGUGACUCAAAUAUACAUUUUGAGUUUGGGACUGUGCAUUUUGAGUCGUUGGAUCCCACUGCGUUUGUUGGCGGUGCUGUUGUCAAUUUCCCUAUCGGAGCGCACCGUAGUUUUCCAGGUGCUGACUUUCUCUCUCUGCUCCGACUAGUCAAGGCAAUUCACCCUAAGAUCGUGGUCUCAACUGAGCUUCCUUGUGAUCGAAUUGAUGCGUCAUUCUUUCAGCACUUCCUCUUGUCGCUUGAGAGCUUCUCUAUCUUCCUUGAUUCUUUGGAAUCAGCAUGUUUGGACCCUGGUGUUCUUGCGAAGAUUGAGAGGUUCUUUGUUCAGCCAAAGAUCGAGAGUGUUGUGUUGAGUCGUCAUCGCAUUGAGAAGCUUCCUCCGUGGCGCACCUUGUUCGCGUCGGCCGGGUUUGCGCCCAUUACGCUCAGCAAUUUCACAGAGAGCCAGGCUCAAGAGAUAAUGAAGAGGGUGCAAGUUGAAGGGUUCCAUGUUGAGAAGCGACAUUCAAUGCUGGUUCUGUGCUGGCAAAACAAAGAACUCCUAUCCGCCUCGGCAUGGAGGUGCUGAAUUCUCUCUAACACUUUCACUCUCUCUCUAAUUAUGAAAAGCCUCCUAUAUAUGUUAUCUAUCUCUAUGUCUACAUCCAUGUAGUCGAGGUAGUUCAACAGUGGCCGCAUUGCUGAAAAACUAAAGUAGAAGAGAAUAAGUUAUGUCAGUGAAUGUUGGUUCUGAUUCUCAAUUCUUGCUACUGGGGGCUAUUUCUUCUUUAUGGGUCUUUUUGGUGAUGUAUUCAAGUGUAGAACAAUUGAAAUACAGCAAGCUAUGAUACAGUUUCUAUGAACAAGGUUAUUAAUGUUAUAGUUAAUUCUAUGAACAAGGUUAUUAAUGUUAUAGUUAAUUCUAGUUUCAAUGUGACUCGUAUUGUUGUUAG